UUAUUUCUGCUUUUCGCACGUAAUUUUGAAUUGGCUACAACGCAAUUGCCUGCAGCCACAUGUUUACUUUUAAAUGUCGUCUGCCAUCACCCGAUAGAAGACUGACAGGUAGACAAUUCCGGUCUUCAGUCUGUCAACGAAUUGAUUAAACUACAGUGCAGAACAGUGAGUGUCUUUCCAAGCUACAAUUGAGAUGGAAGAAGUGCAAGCAACCAAUGAAAACCAAGUUGAAGCUGUACCAGCUAAAACCCCUAAACAGUUGAAAAAAGAAGCUGAAAAAGCAGCUAAACUUGAAAAGUUUAAGGCAAAAAAGGAAAAAUUGACUGAAACUAAAACAUCGGACAAACCAAAAAAGGAAGUUCCUACUAAACCAAAAGCAGCUGAAGUUGAGAUUCCACAACUUCCACCUGGAGAAAAGAAAGAUACAAACUGCCCUUUGCCAGAGUCUUACAAUCCACGCUAUGUAGAAGCCUGCUGGUAUUCGUGGUGGGAAAAGGAAGGAUUUUUUACUCCUGAAUACAAAAGAGACAUCAAGAAUCCUAAUCCCAAUGGUCAGUUCGUCAUGGUUAUUCCCCCACCAAAUGUAACAGGAUCUCUCCAUUUGGGACAUGCGUUGACCAAUUCAGUUGAGGACACCAUUACGCGUUACCAUAGGAUGACUGGAAAGACAACCUUAUGGGUACCAGGAUGUGACCAUGCUGGCAUUGCUACCCAAGUAGUAGUAGAAAAAAAAUUGUGGCGAGAAGAGAAGGUAACCCGCCAUGAUCUGGGACGUGAUAAAUUUAUCGAAAAAGUUUGGGAGUGGAAAAAUGAAAAGGGUCAUCGCAUUUACGAGCAGUUGAAGAAAAUGGGAUCAUCACUGGACUGGAAUCGAGCAUCUUUCACUAUGGACCCAAAAUUAUGCAAAGCUGUACUCGAAGCAUUUGUCAGAAUGCAUCAAGAUGGCACCAUUUAUCGAUCAACCCGCUUAGUUAAUUGGUCGUGCACCCUUAAAUCUGCAAUAUCCGAUAUUGAGGUCGACAAGGUUGAGCUUCCAGGCCGAACUCAGCUUUCUGUCCCGGGUUACAAUGAAAAAAUCGAAUUUGGCGUUUUGGUUUCAUUCGCCUACAAAAUUGAUGGCUUAGAUGAAGAAAUCGUUGUAGCCACUACUCGUGUUGAAACCAUGUUGGGUGAUACCGGUAUUGCUGUACACCCCCAAGAUUCACGUUAUACGCAUUUGAUGGGCAAAUAUGCCGUACAUCCGUUCUGUCAACGUAAACUACUCAUUGUGGCUGACGACUAUGUCGACAUGGCUUUCGGAACAGGUGCUGUCAAGAUCACACCGGCGCAUGACCCUAAUGAUUACGACUUAGGUAAACGGCACAAUCUUGCAAUGCUUACCAUCUUUAGUGACGAUGGAAUCAUCAUCGGCGAUUGCGGGAAGUUUACUGGAAUGAAACGUUUUGAGGCCCGUAAAGCCGUGAUUCAGGAAUUAGAGCAAAUUGGACUGUACCGUGGUACAGCAGAAAAUCCGAUGGUAGUGCCCGUUUGCUCCCGUUCAAAGGACAUUGUGGAACCCAUGAUCAAACCACAGUGGUACGUAAAAUGUGACCAAAUGGCAGCUGAUGCCGCUGAAGCUGUUCGAUGUGGGAAGCUCAAAGUUGUACCGGAAAUGCAUCAGAAAACAUGGUUUAACUGGAUGGACAACAUUCGCGAUUGGUGUAUUUCUCGACAGCUUUGGUGGGGCCAUCGCAUCCCUGCCUAUUUUGUCACCAUAGACGACACAUCGGCCGAAGUGGGCGAUGAAGCUGAUAAUGAAUUUUGGGUAUCUGGGCGCUCUGAAGCUGAAGCUAGAACUAACGCUGCCAAGCGUUUCAACGUCCCUGAAGAGAAAAUUAUUCUCAAACAGGAUGAAGAUGUUCUCGAUACCUGGUUUUCUUCGGCACUUUUCCCAUUUUCCGUGUUUGGUUGGCCGGACAAGACGGAUGAACUGGACAUCUUUUUCCCAACUACUCUGUUAGAAACAGGCCAUGAUAUUCUCUUCUUUUGGGUGGCUCGAAUGGUAUUUUUUGGCCAAAAACUAAUGGGCAAACUUCCUUUCAGUGAAGUCUACCUUCACGCAAUGGUCCGCGAUGCCCAUGGCCGUAAAAUGUCCAAAUCCUUGGGAAACGUCAUCGAUCCUCUCGAUGUGAUUUAUGGAAUCAGUCUCGACGGACUCAUGGCUCAGUUGGAUGGCAGUAACCUCGAUCCAGCUGAAGUUGGUAGGGCGAAAGAGGGUCAGAAGCAAGACUAUCCUCAAGGAAUACCCGAAUGCGGAACGGAUGCUCUUCGCUUCGCUUUAUGCCAGUACACUGCCCAGGGCCGUGAUAUCAACUUGGAUGUUAAGCGCGUCCAAGGAUACCGCUUUUUCUGCAACAAAUUGUGGAAUGCCACUCGAUUUGCCCUGACCUACCUACAGGGGGCUGUAAUUCAUACAUUAAACGAGGCAAGUAAUCGUCCGCCUGUAACCCGUUCUGCCAUCACGCCGGCUUUUCUUGCUGGUCUGAAUACUCGGCUCGAACAUAUUUCAUAUUUCAGCGGUUGCCAGUACUCCAUUGAAGAUGAUAAAAUCUGGUGGCAACUCCGCGUUGAGUUGGGGCGAUCGAAAAUUCCAUCAAGUUAUCCCCACUUGGAUCGAUGGUUUCAACAUAUUGGCCGUUUGAGGCAGCAGGUUGAGCUGAGUUUGAUGGACAAAUGGAUCUUGAGCUGCUUAUCCACUGCCGUUUCGGCCUGUAACGCAGGAUUCCAACAAUACGAUUUCCCUCGUGCCACUAGUGCAAUCUACAACUUUUUCCUUUAUGAACUGUGCGACGUUUACCUGGAAUCAGUCAAGCCUGUUUUCCAAGGUUCAGAUGAGUCCGCCAAGUCUGCGGCUCGUUCCGUACUCGUCACCUGCAUCGACACUGGUCUAAAGUUAAUUUCGCCGUUCAUGCCCUUCAUUUCAGAAGAGCUAUGGCAACGACUACCGCGACCUGAAGCCGUGCAGAAAUCUCUUCCACCGAGUAUUUGCGUCGCUUCUUACCCGACGGACGCUGAAUUUCAAGUAUGGAAAAACGAGGAAUUAGAAGAAAACGUGAAAUUGGUUAAUCGUAUCAUCUCUAACGUUCGAUCUGUCCGAGCCAGCUAUAUGUUACCAAACAAAACGAAAACAAAAUUGAUUUUAAGGUGCUUGGAUCAGGAAGUGGUCGACAUGCUUGCACCCUUUGCCGACACUGUUUCUACGUUAGCAUUUUGCCAACCUGUUUCCGUCUCUACAGAUGGUGGAGAUGGUGGCAAUACACGAGGCUGCGCCAUCGUGACUGUUUCGGACAAGUGUGACGCCAUCGUUCAUUUGGAGGGUCUCAUCGAUGUUCAAAAGGAAAAGACACGCAUCACUGGCCUGGUUGAGAAGAAGCGCCAGCAGUUGGUCAAGCUGCAAGAAGGAAUGGUAGUUCCAAAUUACACUGAAAAAGUUCCUCUUGCAGUUCAGGAGACCAACAAGGAAAAAGAGGGUGAACUAGAAGCUGAGCUGCAGCAACUGGAUGCUGCCUUUGCUACUCUAUCCACUAUGGAUUAAUUAAACAAUUUGGGAUUUGGGGCUGCUUGUUGCAAUUGCUGUGUGUAUCUCAUCAAUAUACAUUGAAAGCAGCAUAAA